AUGGCUCGUGUUGCAAGCCAAGUUCAAUUAGCUCCUCCAAAUUCCCAACAAAGUCCGGCCUAUUACGAACAAUCGGCAAAAUCAGCACUAAUACAAUUAAUCAAAAUAUCACGAGUUGCUCAUCGUGGAAGAGCAACAAGUUUGGCCAAAAAUCCAGAAGUUCAAACACUUCUUGACAAUGAUAUAUUUUUGAUUCAACCUGAUCGUCGAUCAAAACUCACUCCAAUUCAACAAUAUCGCCUCGUUCAUGUUUUGGCACAAUUUUUCUUAGAAAGAGUUGAAGAUGGCAAUAGAUAUUCAUAUUUUGAAGCUAUAUUUCUUGGUCGAGAAGGCGAUUCAACUCUUCAUGAUUUUCGAAUUGAUGUGUUAUUACAACUUGCUUCGUUUUCUCUUCAAUUUCCUGUUUUACAAGUUUUCAAUCAUGUUUCAAACUGGUUGAGUAAAGUGAGUCGAACAUUUUAGAGAAACUAUCGAAAUUUUGAUUAAGAUUCCAGAUGAAAGUCAAGCAGUGUUUUAUUCGAAUCUUGUUGUAGAAAUGUUAGUUGAUCAUUAUAUCAAGUCAUCGGAUUCAAAAACAAAAAUGGUUUGUUUUACAAAUAUUUCAGCUUUUUACUAAUGAAUAUAUGAAUUUUAAUAAUUAUUCCAGCACGAAUAUCUGAAACCAUUGGAAACUUCUUGUGGUGAAUUCACUGCAACAUUUGUCGCCUUAGCACCAUUGCAUUGUCAAAUGAAUUCUGCACUUUGCUCGAUAAUUUCAAGUUUCAUGAAUAAACACCUACAAUUUUUAUUGAGACAUCUACGAGAUACUCCAUAUCUAGGUGAUCAAUUUGCCAAAAAUGUUAGUUUAUUAUUCUCUCCAUCAUCCACAUUUUAUUGUUUUUUCAGACCUUCCCGAUUUUCGUGAGAUAUAUAUUAUCGCAAAAACAAACUUCAUCAUUGAUGAAAUUCCAAUUUUCAGUCGCUUAUAUUUUACGAAAAUGGGAUGAAAAGGUGAUUGGAGCUGGAAGAGCAACAACAACAAAAACGCCAAUCAAUGUUUUGGAUAUUUUAUUAAGCGAUGAAUAUAAUUGGAAUGAUUCUAGAUGUAGUCUUUUGGCAUCUUCUAGUUAUAAAAUUGAAUUUUUAAUCAAGGUUUGUGUUUAUUACGGAUUUUUAACAAUUAUUGAAGUAUUUACAGAAACUGGAAGAAGCAGAAGUUGACCAAAAAUAUAUUGAUUUAAUUAAAAUUCAAAAACGGGAAAUCGAAGAAAUUGCAAAAUCUGAAUAA